CCGAUGGCGGCCCCGGGCGGGCUGGGCCGCUGCGUAGCCGCCUUCUGGCUGGCGCUGGCCUUCGACGCGCUGGGACUGGCGGUGCUGCUGGCCGGCGUGUUCGCCGACGUGUUCUUCUCCGACCUGCUCAUCUACGCGGGCGGCAUCGGCAUCUUCCUCAGCCUCGUCUGGUGGGUGUUCUGGUACGCGGGCAACCUGGAAGUGCCGCCCGAGGAGCUGCGGGACGACGUGGGGCUGUCGGCGCCCAAGGGCCGCGGGGACACGCUGCUGCGGCGACUGGUGCACGGCUUCAGCGUCCGCCUGGGCGCCGCGCUCGCCCCCGCCCGCCCCGCCGAGCUGGAGCUGCAGCGCGCCCGCGGCCCCCGCGGCCGCCACGCCGAGCCCGGCAGGAUUUGUUGAAGACACGACUUGAUGUUACUGCCCCAAAAAGUGGGGGAAAUGCUGCAAAUUAUGGAAAGAGAUUCCCUGCUCAAAACAAUAGGAUUCUCUCAUUGUGGAAUAAUCCCUGCAAGCAUUGUGGACUCUCCAUAAAAUGGACAUGUGGAGCCAUAUCUCUGCCAAAUGCACCUAUUUCAGAGUUGGACUGGAUAUGCCUUGAAAGGGUGAAAAUAGAUCCCAAAAAAUCUCUUUAAGUAGUGAGAGCUAAAACAGAAUUGAACCUGAUUUGCCAGAAAAUCACUGCAGCUUGUCAUAUAGUUGGUUUUAUUGUCUUGUUUUAAUUGUUAUUAUUUUUAAUAACCUGGAAGGUUUGGAUAAAAAGCUCUUGCACAAUGAAAAGCUCUUGCACUGUUUUUUACCAGGGUCUGGAAGUUAAACUUACUGUGAAUUUUUAUAAUACCAGUGCAAUACUUUUGUUUGUAAGGGUGCUUUUAAAAUGUCUAUAUUGAAUUGUUGAUGCAAAGCUGCAGAUGUGGUAGAAGUUGAUAAUAAUGUAAAUACACAAUUUACAGUGUUUCUUGUAAAGUUUCAUUGUUAUUUUGAAAUAACCUGGAAUCUGAGCUUUUAUAAGUAGAUAAAUAACACCAGUGAUGUUGGCAUACAAGUACAUUCUUUGUAGUUACAAAUGAUGUAAUAUGAUGAUUCUCCCAAGAGGCAUUUUUAGUCCAGUGAUGUUGGAAAUUAUUUUCUUAAUGCUGAAGCAUUUGAGGGAGGAAGCAUGACCAAAAGAAACCGUGUUGAUUAACAAGUACUCCAAGGCAUUAACAACAUUAAAACAUUAACAAACAGUACAUGGAAAAAGAUUUAUAUUAAUGCUACUGACACCCAAAAUUGUGCCAAUGAUAAAAUUGUGUGGAGAAAUUCCUUAUGAGUUCUUCUGGUUUUGAACUAAGAGUUUGAUUCCACUAUCAGCAAAUACUGGUAGGUCUUAAUGCACAGUUUCAAUGCACAAUUGUUCUAUGCCACACCUCAUUGAAUACCAGAGGUGGAGUUAAGGAAAAUAUUAACUAAGAACACUGUGACUGUACUUCCUUGUGAAAUCUUGAAAUGUCUUUCAGUGUUUUCUUGUAAAAUUACUGGAGUAACCUAUUUUCUGUGCAUAUUCUCAUUUAAAAAUAUUUUCCAAAUGGUCUUUUUGCUGAAAGAACACUAAACUUGAAGGUCUGCAAUGUGAUUUGUCCUUUACGAUCUGCAGUUUUUAGGAGGUGUAUACAAUUUGUUUCCUCCUUUUCAUGGAACUGCAAUGUGACACCACUGUGGCGUUACAAUGGCCUGAUUUUAAAAAACCAAACAAGCUCUUCCCUUUAAAACCUCUAGAUCAGUUUUCAUUUGCAAGAAUUUUUUUUCAUUUCAUUGUUCUGAAUAGAGAGAGAUGCUUUUUCUGGUUCCCUAUCCUUUCACUUAUUAAGUGAAUUAUGAGAUAUGGUGUUUAAUAAGUAGAAUGAUUAGUAUUGAGCCAAAAUUAAUAUAUUUAGUUCACAUACUUAGUCUGCAAAACCA